CCGGAGGUGGUGGCGGCGGACGAGGGGCGGGAAGGCGAUGGCGCGGGACGGCUGGUUGGUGAAGUAUGACUCUACUUGUCAACUUGCACAAGAAGCUGCUGAACACAUCCAUGAACGAAACAGGCAGAAGAGAACUGGGGGGAAUCCUGCAAAGUUGAAUGCGACAAUUCGAGUAUCUCUCCAGAAACUCCAGGAACAGAUCAGCCAAUUGAAGGAGGCUUUGUUGCGGAGCUUAUCCAUACUCCAGAUCACACAGCUCGAAGCAGACAGACGUCAAAAUUUAGUGGACGAUUUGCUGACAAAAGAGCGACAACUUCAAGCAAAUUUCAAGAAGGAUGGCACGGAACCUGAUAUGAUCCGGUCCAGCCUUAUGAGCGGGGAGGCAAGGAACAGGCCCAACAACCCGUGGUUAACGGAGGAGACAGAGGAGACCAAAGGACUUGACUUUGGGGAAAUCAAACAUCAACAACAGAGAAUUAUUCAAGAACAAGAUGUGGGUCUGGACGCUCUAGCAACAGUAAUAGCCAGACAAAAACAAAUGGGUCAAGACAUAGGAAAUGAACUAGAUGAACAUAAUGAGAUCAUUGACGACCUGACCCAUUUGGUGGAUAAAACGGAUUCCAGGAUCCGCAACGAAUCGAGACGUGUCAAAGUGCUUGAUAAGAAGUCGACGUCUUGCGGGAUGCUGGUGGUUAUUGUGUUGCUGCUGAUUGCCAUUGUUGUGGUUGCUGUCUGGCCAACCUAAAUGAAGCAACUCUGGCACAAAUCGACGCUCUGUCUCUUCAGUGAAUUGUGGCAUUGGAUACAAAAUGAGCGGCUCGUUCUUCCUAACUAAUUCCUGACAUCACGGAGACAAGAUUUAAACUUACACGUUAUUCAAGCAAUACUAUACUUUUUGAUAGGUUUAAUACGCUAUCCUCCUGUUAGCUAGCACUAAUGAACCCGCAGAUUGUUUUCUGACUAAAGAACAAACUAAACUUCAAAUUCAAUACAGUAAUGAAUUGCUGGAGCACCUCAGGCUGAGGUAAUGUAGUAUCUAAGGGCUGUAACUAAUGGCUCCUAUUUAUCUUGUGUUUUUGGAGCACUUGCCUUUUGUGUUUCUCUAUCUGCAUGUACAUAUGUUUUUCUCUUUAAAUAGGUUUAGGCACAGCCCCGCUGCGAGCACAUUGAAGUGCUGUUUCCUUUGCCAAAGGCAUAUAUUAAAAUCUCCACUAAAUCAUCGUAAGUUGUUGAGAAAUAUUUGGAUAAAGUUUUUUUUAAAACUUUUAAGUUCUAAAAGACAACUACUGGAAUGCAUCAAAACCUUUUUACAUGUAUUGAUUUGUUACUGUCCUAUUUCUAAUUUUAUCUUUUAUAUCAACGAGGUGGACACGGCAAUUGUAAAUGAUUCCUGUUAAAGGCGGCGAGGCCCUUACUAACUCACACAAUUACUCUGCAUUCCCUGGGAAAAUGAUUUUCUCCGUGCUUGCAGGGUCAGUGAAGGGGCUCUUCUGAGGGCACAGGGAGUGUGCGCUAUCUCACGCCUUGUAAACAGUGUUACUGUUCACACGCUUUCAUGAAAUUGAAACUUGGAACAAAUUGCCCUGUGUGGAAAUUCCAAUCUCACAGAACAGUAAUUACGCAGAUUUCCCCAUAAUUCGAUCAUGUUACGUGCUUGGACCUGCAUUGUUAUGUGUUCGAUUUUUGUAAGAGUUUACUAACAGAAUCCUAAACAUGGGAUAAAAUGAAGAGAAAUAAAUAUUUUGCAACAGCUUU